GGUUAAAUCAAAGUCAACGUUACUGGAGUGCUCGUUCGUUGGUUUCUAAUGAAUGAGCAUUACAUUUUUCGACAGCGUGAAAGCCUAAUAAGAGGAAUCCUAAGUCCCAUUCACUAUGUAAGAUGUCAACAAGUCAAUUGGAAUAUGAUCAACCGACUAGGUUUAGAAGCCAGUCUUCAGGGUCAUCGUGGUUGUGUUAAUUGUUUAGAAUGGGAUGAACGUGGCACGUAUCUUGCCAGUGGCUCAGAUGAUCGCUGUUUACUUAUCUGGGAUCCGUUUGAACGCAAAUCUUUAUUGACAAUGAAUACUGGUCAUGUAGCAAAUAUAUUUUCCGUCAAAUUCAUGUCCAGUCUAAAUGAGAAUCUUGUUGUCACAGGUGCGGCUGAUAGUAAAAUACGUGUUCAUGACAUCAAGGCAGGACAGACUAUGCAUGUGUUUUCUUGCCAUUCAAGUCGCGUAAAAAGAUGGCAAAUACUCCAUCUGAACCGUUCUUAUUUUGGUCAGCUUCAGAGGACGGCACUUGUAGGCAGUUUGAUCUACGAGAUCCUGAUCAGGCUUGCACAAAUAAACCGUGUAAUGUUUAGUCAAUUACGAUUUCAAAAUAAUGACUUUGCUGAGGCUAAAUGUCUUACAGUUAAUCCGUUGAAACCGAGUUAAUUGCUAUUGGUGGAAAUGAACCAUUUGUACGGAUGUUUGACCGACGUAAAUUAACUCUUUCUACUUUGAAUGGAACUUCAUCACCAGAGAGACCGUAAGUGAAAUUGUCAGUUAUUCAAAUUUAUAACUAGUUAAUGUUAUUAACUAUAUGAAAGUUGACAUUAUUGUUGCCUCUUACUUCAAAAAGUGAAGUCAGAAGUGAAUUUUUUUGUUUUGAAUUUCCAACUUAUCGAAAAUACUCUACUAUACACUUAGUAAACCUUUCACUACCAUUUUACUGAAUGGGCUAAGUAGUUACUACUUGACGAACCAUUUGUAUAAAAGGGAAUCAUUUGUAUUUAGAUACCACACCUGACUACCACUUGUGAUUAAUGUUACCAGUGGCGUAGGACUUUUCUUGCAUUGAAAUGUAUAAUCAAACUCCUUGGUUAAAUCUGUAAUAGUGUUCAUAAUUACAUCACUGGUAACGUUUAUCUUACCCUGCCACUAUAAAUGAACAAUUGACCAACGCUUAUUACAUCUGGGUACAGAAAAUAAACUGGACAGUAAGCUUCAUAGAUUUGUAUGUACUGGUUUCAUUCUUUCAAAUGUCAACAAAUGAAGGGACAUUAUUUAUAAAUCGUAUAUAAGACUGUUAUUUUUGCUUUUAAAAAAUACUUGUCAGAUUAGUAGCGCAGUCAUAAAAGAUGAUUAGACUGUCGGUUUAUUAUAGCCGAAUAUGGUGUUAUAUUGUUUUGCUAGAUGGCCUCGGUUAGAGCUCAUGACUGAAAUUGUUCAGCAGCUUUACAGGGA